UUCUCUAAGGUUGCAGUUGCAAGCCAAGUUGCAAAAGAAAUUUAACUAUCAAUGUCAAACAAACAAAAGUCAAUUGACUGAAAUGUUAAAUUUGGAUUGGAUUUGUUUGUUUUCCUGAUUUUCUCGAAUUGUUGAUAAAUCCAAUAGAUAAUUCAACUACGUACCCUUAUCAAAUAAUCAAAACCGUUUUCGAAAGUCAUCUAGACAAUAAGGUUUCAAGCGCAAUGGCGGGAAACCGCGAACGGAGUCGACGCAGUACUGAUCGCCAUCGGAGUCCUAGCGAUAGACACAGGAGUCGAGAGCGACGAGACAGGAGUCGGGACCAUCACAGGGAGCGGCCAUACGCUGAGAGGGACCGCGGCCGCAGCUCGUACAGGGAAGACCAUGGGGGAGGAUUAGGAGGAGGAGGUGGAGGCCCAGGUCCCAGAGGUCGCUACAAACCUCAAGAAGAGGAGUUUCUGGAUGCGAGACGAGAGCAACGGGAGAGAAUUGGACAAAUUGGAGUUGCCUCUGUGUGGGGCAAGUCACCAGUUAGGCCAGACUCUGACGAAGAAACCUCACAGCCAGAAAAAGAAACAAGCAAAAAAGAAAAGAAGAAGAGCAAGAAAUCCAAAGACAAAGAGGACACAAAACAGAAGUUGAAGAAAUUAAAAAAGAAACUCAAAAAGGUGAAGAAAGCUCGAAAAAAAGCAAAAAAAAGGAAAUCAAAGGGUUCUAGCAGUGGCAGCAGCAGCUCUGGUAGUGAAGAAGAGGUGUGGGUGGAAAAAGGAAAAGAACAUGAAGUAGUGGAGACACAAACAAAGUCUGCCAUAUCAAACCAGCAAGACACAGAGUUGGCUUCAGAAGUAUUCGGGCCCACACCACGCGUGGGUCCACAGUUGGGGCACAAGGACUUCGGGCGCGCCUUGUUGCCUGGAGAGGGUGCUGCGAUGGCCGCUUAUGUGGCUGAAGGCAAAAGGAUUCCACGGAGAGGAGAGAUCGGACUUACCUCAGAUGAAAUUGCGUCCUACGAAUCUGUAGGCUAUGUCAUGAGUGGUAGCAGACACCGGCGCAUGGAGGCGGUGCGCAUCCGCAAGGAGAACCAGAUCUACUCCGCGGACGAGAAGCGCGCGCUGGCCGCGUUCAGCAAGGAGGAGCGCGCCAAGCGAGAGAACGCAAUCCUCGCGCAGUUCCGCGACGUGCUGCAGGCGCGCGCCGCCCACAACCACCACAAGUAGCCACGUACGUCACCUCUACUAUUUCUUGACGGAUCUGUAUGUUUGUGGAAGAAACUGUUUUCGAUUUGUCAACCUAUGAAGUGCAGAGAUAAAAAAGACAAUUGUACAUCAAUAGGUAGCUGAGAGAAAUUCCCAAAAGAAUACGUCAAAAAAUGUUAUGGUCCAUUAUUGCUUACCUCCACAAUGUAUGUAUGUAACUAUAUUUUGAAUCAGAUAUGUUGACUGAUUGAGCUAAGAUUUUAUAUACACAUUUAGUUUGGAUGACAAUACAUUAUUAUGAUAUACAUGACAUGAUACACCUAGGAACGGCUCCCGACAAGAGAAUGUCUCAAUAAUUUGCACAGGCAUUAAAUAUUAAAGGUGGGUUUAGUUUCAAUGGCAAUGCAUUGUUGUAAUAAACAAGACCAAGAACGGCUCACAACGAAGGAUCUUAGGGUUUACUGCAUGGAAAUUUUUUUUUCAUGGGCUGAAUACCUAUCUCUGACAAUAGAAGCUUUUGUCAAAAAUGACAUUUUUGUAACAAAACCUUUUCGUUUAUUAUGAAAAUAUGGUCGUGCCGCAUUUGUAUAUACUUUGUAAUAAAGGAAUUGUUGAUCAAAUUAUAAAAGUUUUAUAUUAAAAAUAGAAUGAUAAGUGUAUGAAA